ACUUUCCUUACCUCCAAUCUAUUUAAUUUUGCUUAUUAACCUAUAGAACCUGCAUAAUGUCUACAGCACCUGACGAGGGAAUGACAACGGAAGCAGGGGAGCAAAUUUCCCAAGAAGCCGUUGAAGAAGUCUACAACUUGAUAAUUAAAUUGCCCCGAAAUAUUGAUGACAUCAGGCUCACUCUCAAUCCUGCUGAAAGCGUACAAGAUAUCAAACAAAUUAUCAUGGAAUCACCUGAAACUUGUGCUUAUUCAUGCUUUUAUUUGUCACAUAACGGGAAGCGUUUGAAUGACUUUGUAGAAUUGAAGGAUGUUGAAGGAUUAACUACAGAAACUGAGUUAUACUUAGUUGAAGACACGUAUUCAGAGCGUGAUGUACGAGUCCAUAUCAGCCGACUCCGCGAUUUGUUAGCUGGACCUUAUAAACCUAACCCUUCCAGUAUUGGAAUUGAUCCUGCAAUCUCGUUUUUGACAGCUGUCACAGGCGAAAUUGAUGAAGCAAUUACUACCGACAGCAACGACAAAUCAGUUGACGAUCCCUUCUCAAAAGAGCCUCCACCAGAACAUGCCUACACAAACAUUACUGACUUAGAUGCACCCUCUCAACUAGCUGAUUUUGUCCCGAAAGAUUUCCGCAGAGUUGCACCUGAAUGCCUCAAAAGCCUAUCCCUUUCUGGAUGGAACCCAGUUCCCCACAGACAAAAAUUACAGGGCGACCUUCUUUAUUUGGUAGUCACAACUCUGGAAAAUGAAACAUUGCAUUUGACAGCCUCCACCAAAGGAUUUUUCGUUAAUAACUGUAGUCAAACAAAGUAUGACCCCUCUCCUAAGAAUAACGGAGCUGGCAAAUAUUCUGCCCACUCGUUGAUCCAUUUAUUGCAACAAUUAUCUCCACUUUUUGCUAAGAAAUUCUCAGAAUUGCAAAAUUUCAUUACUCGUCACCAUAUGUUGGAAGUUCUUCCUGUCAGCACUUAUCUUCCCGAUUAUCCUUGGGCAGUAGAACAACCAGAACACCUUUUCGAUCCAUCAAGGCCUUGUGAAACAUACUUGACCGCCGGUCUCGAUUCUGUCGAAGGGCUCCGUGAUUGGAAUGACGAACUGCAGUCUCAUCGGGAAUUGCCCAAGUCCACCAUGCAAGAACGUAUCCUCAGAGAACGUUUAGUGAACAAAGUGCAGUCUGAAUUCACUGAAGCAGCUAUUCGUGGUGCUAUGGCUGUAGUUGAUGGAUCCGUUAUUCCAUUGAAUCCCUUAGAUCCUGAGGAAUCACAUAUGUAUGUGCACAACAACAUCUUCUUUAGCAAAGGUAAUGAUGGCCGCAAUACCUUCGAUGAAUUAGGGGGAGAUGAAGCAGCCCAUGUCGCUACUGGCAAAGAUCUCGAAGGUGUCAAGAUCAUCAAUACAAUUGAACCGGAGAAUUUAUACACGUUGGGCAGCGUUAUUGUAGACUAUAAGGGUGCUCGUAUUGUUGCUCAAAGCAUAGUACCUGGCAUUUUCCGUCGUCAAGACGAGAAUUCUAUCAUCUACGGUUCAGUUGAUAAUGGUAUACAGAUUUCCUCGGAUGAAACCUUCCAUGAAAAUAUUGGAAAAGAUAUUGCCAAAUCACUUCACCUAGCCGAACACACUGUCAUUAACAAGGAAGGUGAUAAGGAGGUCCAAUUGUUCACUUCUCAAGAAACCAAGGGUUUGAUCGGGGCCGAUAAUCGUCGUUAUAUCCUAGACUUGUAUAGAUUAAAUCCAGUUGAUAUUGAGUUUCAAGAGAGCGAAUGUGUUGCAAAGGACGAUAAGCCGGCUUAUCCUCAUAAAUUGACCUUGUUGAGACAUGAAUUGAUGUCCUUGUUUUGGGAACACAAGUUCAGAAAAUGGCUUAAAGAAAAGACCGACCAAAUUCGAAAGGAAAGAGAAGCUUCAAAAUCGCCCGAAAUUGAGGGGGGAAAAGAAAAUGAGGAGGUCACUGGUGAUAAGAAAGAUGCAGUUGAUAAUGCUGCCGUGAUUGAAAAGAAAGAAGAAGUCGAAGAAGUCAAUGAGGAAGAUGAGAUCAAGAUAGACAUCAAUGAAUUCAAACUCCAGUUUAAUGCUGAUGUUUUCACUACUGCUCGACUCCCUGACAAUGACCAGACUAAACAGGAGCAAGAAGUCGUUUGGGAAGCAUCCAAGUUCUUGCGGGACGAAGUCAUUCCCAGCCUUGUGCUUGACUUUGUUUCCUAUGCCAUUUCUCCUCUUGACGGUGAUGCCUUGACGAAAGCUAUGCAUCGUCGAGGAAUCAACAUGCGUUAUCUCGGCAAACUUGCAGAGCUUGUUUUCACUAGCAAAGAAAAGCGAAUCGAUCAUAUUUAUAAGUUAAUUGUACAAGAAAUGAUUGUCCGUGCUUCUAAACGUCUGCUUCGUAAUUAUCUUGUCAAGUGCUCCACUGAAGAAGUCAGCCUUUGUAUUUCCCACUUCUUAAACUGCUUAUUGGGAAGUAAUUUUAAUAGCAAGCCAAAUCCUGUUUUACCUGAAGGUUCCAACCGAAACGACUUUGCCUGGGCUCAAAUUACACCUGCUGGCUUAAAGAAACUUAUUACUCAGCAAGUCUUUAUGCGUUUCCGUUACCAACUUGAAGACAAUGCUUUUGAACAAUUACGUUUCAUUCCUACACUUCGUGAUCUUUGCAAGCGUAUUGGUAUUCAAGUUGCAGCCUACAACUAUCGCACUGAAGCCUAUACUGAAGAUGAGAAAGCUGCGUUUGCUGCUGAAGAUGCUGCACGCCAAGCUGCAAUUGACCGUGCUAAACAAAAAAUGUCCAGCAGAAAAUCAUCAAAGAAACAUCAGCCUGAGACUCAACGUCCUGUAAGACGUACCACAACCUUCACUCCCGACGAUAUUUACAAUAUAAUGCCUACUGUUAAAACUGCUACUACUCGCAGUAUCUUUGCUGAAGAAACAUUUGAGGCAGGUAAGAUGAGUAUUGCUCAGGGCCACAAGGAGCUUGGUCUCGAACUUUUGUUGGAGUCUUUGACUCUACACGAACAGACAUACGGGUUUUUACACCCAGAAACCAGUAAAUGCUAUGCCGCUUUGGCUAUGAUCUAUCAUAACAAUGAAGAGCAUGAAGCCUCUUUGGAACUUCAACGCAAAGCUAUUAUAGCCUCGGAGAGAACAAACGGUGUUGAUGACCCUGAAACCAUCCAUCAUUAUUUAAAUCUUGGAUUGUUUGAGCACACAGCUGGACGUACUAAGCUUGCAUUAAAAUACAUCCGCCAUGCGUUUUACUACUGGAAUCUUUUGGUCGGGCCAAAUCACCCUGAAUCCGCCACCGCCGAUAAUAACGUCGGUGUGAUGCUCCAAACCAUUCGGGACUACGCUAAAAGUACAAAAUUUUUCGAAAGAGCUACAAAGACACAUGAGGCUGUAUUCGGUAAAGAUCAUGUCUUGACUGCCACAGGUUAUCACAUUCUUGCCAAAGCUUAUACCCUGGAAGCCAAGUUUAAGGAAGCCGCAGAGGCGGAAAAGAUUGCAUUUGAAGUGUUCAAUGAAAAGCUUGGGCCUGAGGAUGCACGCACAAAGGAUAGUCAAUUAUGGCUUCGAGAAUUAACAGCUAAUGCUAAUAUGUUAGCUCAGCAAAAGGCUAUAGAAGAACUCAAUGUCAAGAAUGGUGGUAGUAAAAUACUUCCCCAGCAGCUUGCUAAUGGAGCACCAGCAACUGUCAAACAUCCUGAAAUGUUGACUGCGGCUGCGGCUGCAAAGGCAUCGUCGUCAACAAUACCUCAAAAGCAACAUCAAACACACGAUGCAUCAUCAGCUGCCGCUACAAAUGAAGAUUCAAAGGAGCCAUCUAAAGGUCAUCUUCCUAUAGACGAGUUAUUAGAGUUCAUUAAUGGCGAAGAACAAGGCAAAAAAUCUAAUAAAAAGCCAAAGAAAUUAGCACACAAAAAACAACGCAAGUAAAGUCAGCAAUAUACAUGUAAUUUUAGAAUAUAUAUAAUGCUAUAGGCUAUUGUAAUAUAAUACAGAAGAUAUUCGAUUUAUUUAUUAUACAUAUCGUAUUUUAUAAAAAAUCCUAUUCUUUUUUUUUCCCUUUUUUCAACCUUUUCAUCCAGUAAAAGAUUUCUUGGUUUAUUAGGUAAUACCA